AAUGGUUAUCUCUAUAUAAGGAAGAUGGUCUAAUAGAUCGACGGCUUCCAAUAUCUACGUCUGAAGGAAUUACGUCAUUUGGAAAUCUUUUGUCGCAUCAUCUUGAAUUGGGUGUUACAGAUCAACAUGUGUGGUUGUCACUUUUGCUCCGACCAAGAAAAAGCCAGUUUACUCGAGUACAGCGACUUUCAUGCUUGCUAGCUCUGUUGCUUCUUACCAUGCUUUCAAAUGCCAUGUUCUACAAAUCACCGUCAGAGGAUACGUCAUAUAGCUACGUCAACAUAGGCUUUAUCAAAUUGUCCCCUGCAAUAGUGUACGUGUCUGUAUUAAGCAUAGUAAUCACAACGAUUCCCAUACUGCUGGUAACGUAUCUCUUCCGACAGAGAAAAGUAAAGAAGACACCAAAGACAAGAGCUGAUACUAUUAACGUCAGUAACAUGGAAUGCCCCGAAGAGUGUAUAAAAGAAUACGAGAACCGUUUGCCAUAUUGGAUGGUGUAUGUUUCUUGGGUAUUGGUACUGAUGAUAAUUUUAGGGUCCGUCUUCUUACUUUUACUUUUCAGUAUGGAAUGGGGUAAAGAGAAGUCCAUGGAGUGGCUUUUGUCUUUUCUGUUUUCGUUUGUGGAAUCUUUACUCCUAGUGGAUCCAUUAAAGGUGUUUGUAAUUGCUGUUUUAUUUUCAACGAUAUUUAAACAAAUAAUUGCUGACAAACCAUGUGAUAUCCAUAUCAACAAACUGAAGGCAUACUCAGCAUCACGCAGGAACUCAGAAAAAAGAACAUUUUCAGCAUUCGCCUACAAGCUGUUAUCGAAUUCAGAACCACUAGCACAAAAGGAAAUCGAGAAGUUAAAAGAAGAGCACAAUCAAGAGAAAAGAGUAAAGAAAGCAAUCAGCAGUUUAAUUUUUCAUAUCAUUUAUAUGGUCGCUAUAUAUGUCAUCAGCUUCCAUGAAAGAGACCCAUUGUCAUUUGCUUACAAGGAAAGUGUGGACAACCAUAUGUACACUGGCGAAUUGAAUUCAAUUACGGAUUAUUCAGCUUUUCUCCAUUGGUUAAACAAUACGUUUAUACCAGUACUUUAUCCCGAGAGUGAUUUUGCUAAUAAUGAUUUAGGAAACGUUGAAAAACAUUGGUUUGGGGAUCAUACCAGCAUCCGUGUAGGUCCAGCACAGUUGCGUCAGCUGAGGGCUAUAAAGGAACCAUGUUCGUAUUGGAGGUUGACCACCCCACAUCCAUGUGUAGACGGGUACACGAUGCAGGACUCGGAUACCAAAGAAUACUGCUUAGAAUGGACGAAAUUGACACCAUCGUGUGCACAACUGAGAGAUAAAGUCGGUUUUACGAGUAACUCUUGGAAAUAUACUGAUGCUGAGGAAAUCUGGGGCACAUCUCAAAUGGGGCAACAUGGAACAUAUGAUGGGGGAGGAUACCUUCUCAAAUUCACGAAGAACCGAUACCAAGCUCAUGCAAUGCUGAGUGAAAUUGAAGACCUAAGGUGGAUCGACAGAGGCUCCCGAGCAGUUUUCAUUGAAUUUACAUUGUAUAAUCCCAAUUUAAAUCUUUUCAUAUAUUCUAGAUAUCAAGCAGAAUUUCUAGAGACAGGGGGUGUUUUAAUGUCGGUAGACUCGUCUUCCUUCCGGUCAGUAGUAUCCGCCGAUAUGAUUGGAAGUUUCAUUAUUCCCUGCUACUUGAUUUUCAUUGUUUAUAUCAUCGCUUCUUUGUUCAAACUGCUUUACAAAAUUAAAAGAAAGGGUUGUCGCAAGUUCAUCAAAGUAACGUGGAACUGCGUGAACGUUUUAUCAGUGAUAUUGGGAUUCAUUACAAUAGUCUUUUACUUUGUACGGCUAACAUUUACGAAGAGGGCUAUACAACUAUUUUAUGAUGAUAAAUUAACAACAGAUAACAAGUUCAUCAACUUUAACCACAUCGUCAUAUGGGAUUACGCUGUCAAUUCCGUUUUCGCUUUGGUUGUUUUUAUAUCAACACUGAGAUUCUUAAAACUUCUAGGAUACAACAAGCGGUUCACGCAAAUAACAACCGUUGUUUCCAAAGCUGGCGGAGCACUUUGUUCAUUUGGUGUCAUCUUUGCUUUACUUUUCCUCGGUUUUGCUUCUCUAGGGACACUCAUGUUAGGCGUGCAGCUGAAGGAGUACAAAACGUUCUUCUACACAUGCGGAACCUUGUCUAAUACCUUUAUUGGUAAAAAUAAAUUGAAUGCGAUGGUGGUUGCUGCUCCUUUGUUUGCCUAUUUUUAUUUUCUGACGUACACGGUGUUUGUGAUUAUGAUUUUGGUGUCCAUCUGUGCUGCCAUUCUUAAUUCCAGUAUUUCCAAUGUUAAAGCUACAAUGCAUCAGGAGACGGAAAAAAUUGGAAUUUCACAUGUUUUUAAAAAACUGAUACACAAUAUGUUUGGAUUAAGUGAUAAAAACAAGAUGAAGUCUGCAAAAGAAGAAACUAAACCUGACGUCUUCAAAUCCUUCAUCAGCGAGGAGUUUAGUACAUCUAAUCUCAUAAGGCUUCUACAUGGCUGUCUGCAUAACGAGCUUUCGAGGACAUCACUUUUACAAGGAGGAAACAGAGAUAGAAAAAGCAACACCAUUAAAAGUCCACCACCACCAAGAAACACCCGGCAUCUGCAGAACAUGCGUCGUUCGGUUUUUCCUUUUAUUACAGACAAAGAAAUGGAUGAAAGCGUGGUUAACAUCAAUGAAAUUUCUGUUCCCCAUAACAGCAACAUUGACGUUCGCUUUAUAUAAGCACGGGAAGAAAUAUGACAGUUUGGAUGUAUGUAAUUAUUUGUCGAUAUAUAUUAUUUGUUGAUAGCUAUAGCUGUUAUCUGUUCAUAUUCAUGUGUUGAUAUUUAUUGUUUGAAAGAGAUUAAGAUCUUAUAAGAAUGUUCAUAAACGUUCCGGAAAGCAUAUUGAAUUGUAAAUGUAAAUAAUUCUAUGAUAACAUAAUUAUUGAAUACGAUCUUUUUUUUUUUUUAUUAUUGUUAGGAUCUUGUUUUCGCUAUCAUUACGUUGUGUGGAAAACAAUUUGAAUGUUGUUCCGAUAAAAUACAAAUUAGAAAAUUAACGUGAAAUCAUAUAGCGAUAUCAAUGUAUCAGCAUACUGUAUCACCGUCAUCAUUCAUGUAAAGCUUUUAUCGUUGUGUAUUAUACAUGUUGAGUGUGCUACAACGGCGGAUCCAGCACAUUUUCAAAAGGGGUUGUGGCUUAAAUGUUUCCGCUCCCAUAGGGGGACUCCAAAUGGCAAAAAUUGUCAUUUUUGUUAAAUGAUUAACCAAGGAGAUGAGGGAUGCAAUCUUCGUAACCCCCUCUAGAUCCGCUGAUGUGCUACAUUUAGAUCAUAAUGUAAUAUAAAAUGUAUUGUUCGACAAUUUGCAUUUUGCAAUGUAUUAAAUUCUGGUAUGUCCAGGGAUCCGUGUUUGCCCAACUCUCUAUUUUGUAUUGCUUAUAGGAGUUAUGAGAUUGAUCACUGUUCGUUAGCCUCAUCUUUCAUUAAAUCAACAUGAUAUAGGUCAUUGGAAAAACGGGGUGUUGGAUACGUUGUGUGUUUAGUAAUUGAAUAUUUGCCUAUUCCUAAACCAAAGGGUUAUUUCUUGAUAUGAAAUUAAAAGAUUUGAAAUCGUA